AGUAAUGUGCCUGAUGUCACAUCCAGCUUGAAAAGGAGCAGUACUGAUGGCAUUCUGGACCAAGUGCCACACAGGGAGAAGACUGAUCCACCUUUCAGGAGUGCGGAACAGAUCAGUGCAUUGUGUCGAAACUUCCAAGAAGUCCAAGCAAGCAGUAUGGAAGGACAGAAGGACAACCAGGACCCACCUCCACGGCCACUGGCUCGCCACCUUUCUGAUGCAGACAGAUUGAGGAAAGUCAUCCAAGAACUUAUGGACACUGAGAAAUCUUAUGUCAAGGAUUUGAGCUGCCUCUUUGAGCUAUACUUGGAGCCUCUUCAGAAUGAAACCUUCCUUACCCAGGAUGAGAUGGAGUCCUUGUUCGGCAGUCUGCCAGAAAUGCUGAAUUUCCAGAAGGUGUUUUUGGAGACCCUUGAAGAAGGAAUAACUUCUUCCUCAGAUUUUAAUACACUGGAAACGCCAUCCCAGUUCCGGAAAUUGCUCUUCUCCCUCGGAGGCUCCUUUCUGUAUUAUGCUGACCACUUUAAACUGUACAGUGGCUUCUGUGCAAACCACAUCAAAGUUCAGAAAGUUCUUGAGAGAGCCAAAACAGAUAGUGCCUUUAAGGCCUUUCUAGAUGCUCGAAAUCCCACAAAGCAACACUCUUCUACACUGGAGUCGUAUCUUAUAAAGCCUGUUCAGAGAGUGCUGAAAUAUCCUCUGCUUUUAAAAGAGCUGGUGUCUCUAACAGACAAUGAGAGUGAGGAGCACUAUCAUUUGACAGAAGCACUGAAGGCAAUGGAAAAAGUAGCAAGUCACAUCAACGAGAUGCAGAAGAUAUAUGAAGAUUACGGCACCGUAUUUGACCAACUGGUUGCAGAUCAAAGUGGAACAGAGAAGGAGGUGACAGAGCUUUCAAUGGGAGAACUUCUGAUGCACUCCACAGUUUCCUGGCUGAAUCCUUUCCCGUCGCUGGGCAAAGCAAGAAAAGAUCUUGAACUUACAGUGUUUGUUUUUAAGAGGGCUGUAAUACUGGUGUACAAGGAGAAUUACAAACUGAAAAAGAAAAUGCCUACUAAUGUUCGUGCUGUACAUAAUUAUGGUGACUUGGAUCCAUUUAAAUUUCGUUGGCUGAUUCCUUUAUCUGCUCUUCAAGUUCGACUGGGGAACACAGCAGGAACAGAGAACAGCUGUAUCUGGGAACUGAUUCACACAAAGUCAGAACUAGAAGGCAGGCCAGAAACAAUUUUUCAGUUGUGCAGCAGUGACUGUGAGAACAAGACUAACAUUGUGAAGGUGAUCCGUUCUAUUUUGCGGGAGAAUUUCAGACGCCACAUAAAAUGUGAGCUACCGCUGGAGAAAACAAGUAAAGAUCGCCUUGUUCCACUCAAGAACCGUGUACCUGCAACAGCCAAACUGGCUUCCACAAGGUCCUUGAAGGUACUGAAGAAUUCAUCUAGUAGUGAGUGGAAUGGUGAUCUAGGGAAGGGCACUUUCCAGGACUCCGAUGAGUGCAGCCUGAGCAGCAGUACUCAGAGCAGCAGCUGCCACACCACUGAAAGCAUACAGGAGCCCAAAAAUUCAUCUCUCGAUAAACAUGUCCAGAGCUGUGCGUCUGACUUUUCUAAUGCUCUUGUCAAAGAAUCUGAUAUUCUCAGUGAUGAUGAUGAUGAUGAUGACUAUCGAAACCUAAAGAAGGGCAGCCCUACGAAAGACAUUGAAAUACAGUUCCAACGGCUGAAGAUUUCAGAGGAGCCAAGUACUGACUCUGAACGGGAUCAAGCUGCUGAAAAUGAGGAAGGAGAUGGCUUUGAGACAGGAGACAUGCAUGAGCAUCCAAAGCUUGUGCGCGGCCAUUUCUGCCCAGUGAAGAGAAAAGUAAACAGCACAAAGCGCAACAGAGGAACUUUAAUGGCAAUGCAAGAACGCCACCAGUCCCUUGACAGUCACUCUGAUGCUGCAAAUCUGGAUCUGAACUCUAUUUUAGAGAGAGAAUUUAGCGUCCAGAGUUUAACAUCUGUAGUUAAUGAGGACUGUUUUUAUGAAGCUGCGGAGAGGCAUGGGAAAUCCUAGCUUUCUAAGCACUAUAUUUAAAAUAUUCAUUUGAAGUCCACAUAAAAUUCAACAAACUUAUUUUGCUUUAAAACUAGUAAAUUCAUGGAAGCUGCAGGAAAACUUCUCUCUGAUUUUGUGCACUAAGACAUUUUUUCCACAAAAACAGCUGUAAAGGAUUCUUAAGUUAUUUUAAUUUAUUGUGGAUCAAAAAUAGAUUAAGUUAGCCAAGGUCUGUAAAUUAGUUCAUCCCUUUCAAGCAGCUAUUAAGAUGAUGUAGUGUUCCUGGGGAGGGGAAGAUGGCCUCACUAGUAUUUUAAGUAAUGUGGAAAAGGUGGUAGCGAGUGGUAGGGGGGUUUACAAUGGGAAGUAGCAUUGCAAAAUGAGUUUUUCAAUACCUUGGGCAUUUUCUUUCUUUGGUUUUCAUUUUUGCUUUAUUUAAAGCAGAAUUAAGUUAUUUUAAUGUGUUUUAGUGCACAAUAGUGCAAGAAUUUCAUUUUCGUAAGUUUCAAGAUGCUGUUUAUACUUUAUACAUAUGUGUAAAUACAAAAACAAAGCUUGGCCUGUAAUCUUUUAUUUGACUGUAUUUUUUAUUUUCUCUACUAGCCUGUACAGUAAAAGACAAAUAAGUAUUGUACUUAGCCAUGUUCUUUACUUUUUAUCGUGCUGCUUUUCCCUAGUUGGAGCUUUAAAUCCCAAAUUCUUUGCUUUUGCAUAAAUGAGAGUAUUUGCAGAC